GUUAUCGACGGCUUUUGAAUGAACGUCAGAAAGGUCAGAGAAAAAGAAAUUUGUAACUGAUGUUUACGCGUUGUUAUUGCUGAAAAUUUUCUAAAUUUAAUUUUGUUCCGUGAACAACAAGCAAAAAUAAUAGCAUGAGUGACAACAUAGAAAACAGGCGACAAACCCGUCGAAUAUCAUCGAUUCUGAAAAAUGUGGUGACCUCUGACGAAAGUCCAACACAAACGUUCAGCCGACGGUCGAAGAGGAUUAGCUUUUCACAUGUCAACAAUGUCAAAGAGUUCGUGGCCGAUGUCGACAAUCAAACCAUUUGGGGUGAUUCCUACGAAAAGAGUAACACGGCCAAAAAUUUAAGCAACUCUGGCUCCGUAUCACAAAUACCGACAUUGGAUUCUGUGGCAACUGCAUCGAAUUCUGUAGCUGUUGCACCGACAAUCGAUUUGUUCGCUGAUAUUGAAAAUGGUUCGGCCGAGAUGGAAAUAUCACAGCGUGACAGCGUGUCACACACGAAACUUUUCAAUCAAACAAUGAUCGUCGAAGAAACUGUGUCCACAUCGUCCACAUCGGUGACUAACUGUAAACUUGUGGAUAUGUCCGGAAUUGUGGGAAAUGCUAACAAACGGAAAACAAUUGACACCAUUUCGGUGGAGACGGUAGCUACGGAUGUCGUGAAGUCGGUGAAAAUUCGAAAAAUGAAUGACGAAAACUUGGAGCCGGGAAUGUACAACACAAUUCUACAUCACGUCAAUAUGAGCGUUUCAAGCCCUGACCGAAAGUCUGGAACUAAAUCGCAGGUGAACCUGAAUACGACACGGAUGUUCGAUGAUGCUGAGAUGUCGGAUGUUUCGUUGCCUCAAACCACGUUGUCCGACGACAAGUCAGUUAGACCGUCAAAACGGCUCGAGAGGACUACUGCCUUGACAUCUAUUGAUGAGCCAUCCAUCACCUCUUUCGUCUCGGACACUUCCAUUCCAACCAGCCAGAAGACUCACAUUUUUGGCCGUGGAGAUAUCAGCGCUGCAAUCGAUCAGACGUUUGCGGUAAGGAAUCCGUUGCAGGAGGACAACGCUGCUGGAUGGAAUGGAGCGGAUAAACUUGAUGAUACUGAGAAAGAAACUGCCGGCGACCAUGAAAUGGGUGGCAAUGAGCCAGCAUUUCAAUCGAUUAGCGGUAUCAGUCGUCAUCGUACGUUGGAAGAAGAUCUGACGAUUUCGAUGGACAUUCAAUUUAAGAAUCAUCCAUUGUCACCACAUUCAUUGAAUCCGGAUGAGCCGGCCAUAGAAGAUCUGACCAUUUUUUUGGACACGAAUUUCCAGGCAGAAGUUAGUGGUGAGAUUGAUGAUGGUGCGAUGAGUAAAUUGGCUGGCUCGAGAUCGCCGAGCGAAUGCACGAAAAAUAGUUCGCUGAAACCUCUAAGCCUAAGCAAUCGUGAGCCGUUGAACGAGUUGCCGGGAGCUGCAAAUAAAGAAAAUGUUUUUACGAAUAGUUCAGCUCAACUUUCACACGGUCAAAAUACGCAAGAUUUGACCAACCUAAUUUCGAAAGAUUUGUCAUUGAAUCCGAUAGAAUAUGUCGCUUGUCGAGAGAAGACUCUGCUACCAACAUUCGAUCCCACCGCUCUAUACGAUUCGGCAAAUGAAAAAUUACCGAAAGCCAAAUUUCUGGACUAUUCCACUUCGCACGAUCAAGUGCUAGCGACUGAAUUCAGCUUUGCUGCUCACUCAGAUCCCCUCAGCUCGACCAGAUUCGUUCCAAAUAACCAAUUUCCGCAGAACUUCAGUAACAUUGACACACAUCAGAAGGCCAACUGCAGCAGCGUUACAUUCAACGACUGUCCAACCCUAAACACCAGACAGUCUCAGGAUAUGCGUUCCGCUACGUCGCUACAAAAUAACACCGAUGAACUGUGCAACUUGGAGCCGUAUCAAUUGAAAAAGACGAAUGAUGCGAAACCAUCUUUUAUGGAUCUGUCUCAAACCAAGUCCAACAACAUGCUGAGCGAAACGAAUUCGGACUCGAUUGACAUUAUCGACUUUGAGUCACUAAACGAUCUACCCGUCGAGUCUAGAAUGAGUGCAGCGAAAAAGUAUUUCAUGAACCUAUCUCAAAACGCGUCCAACGACAUGCUGAGCGAAACGAAAAUGGACUUGAUUGCCUCAACCGAUGAGUCAGUAAACAUUGUCGAGUUGUCUGCCGAGGCUACAACCGAUGUUCAUAAGCUGCCGCGGUGUCGAAAAUGUAUGAACUGUCGUGAAAGUUUGGGCGGUGGAAAUGCAACGUUCGCCGGUGUGGGUGAAUCGGAUGAUAAACCCAAGUUGGAUUUCAGCAUGUAUGAAAAGCUCAAAGGAUUACCUACGAUGAGAGACGUGAUUGCAGCGCGAAAGAAACGAGAGGCGGCUAGGGAGAUGGAGGAUCUGUUGCUGGUCGAUCAAAAUGUCGAAGCUCCUGACAUCCGAUUGUGGCUGUUAAAUAAUUGCAGCGAAACCACCGCUGAACCUCGGCCAGUGUAUGUACCUGAGCCACUGAUUUGCUAUCCGAUGCGCAUGAACAUCAAGUACCUGAUGAACAAUAAAAUGAAAACCGAAUAUCCACAGUGGAAGUACAACGACAAUUUCUUUCAAAUCGGUACCAUUGCGUUGCGUUACGACGACAUUCCUUCGAUUGUAAUACACAUAAAAUUCGAAGUUGAUGCGCCGAUGAAAGCGGAGCAGUUUAAUAUGCCGCUACUUUUCAGCAGAAUUUUGAUUGAACAGUGUCCCACACAUCUUAGACGAAUAUCAACGGAAGGUUUGCUGAAGCAUAACAAUUCGUUCAGUUUAUUGCCCUCCAACUUAUUAUCGUUAAUGUCCAGCAGCGAAAACAUUUUCCGCGGUCUGGAAGAAAUCGAAAAACGUUUCCGGAGCGUCAUUGUGAAAAUAAAGGAAUUCGAUGAAAUCACAAUCCGACACGGUGCAUUGGUUCGCAUGGGAACGGAUGGAACGUGCUAUGUCGAAAAGACAUUGUUCGACAUCAAGAAGCUGCUGAUGCAAGAGGUGAAAAUCGAAUUCGAUAAUGUUGAUAUGGUCGGUCCUGGCAAUGUGACUUUCGAUCCGUUUCGGGAAACUACCGAUGCAUUCAAAGCGCUACCCAGUGGAUUGUCAUUUUUGCGAUCGUUUUUAUCGGAUCCGAUGUCAUACAUGGCACCGAUUGCGGAUGUUUAAAUCGGUUUACAUGUUGCCUAGCACAACCCGUACGUACUGCAAUCGAUAAUAAUUUAAUUCCAUUCAUUUUGUAUCAUAAAGUCUUCUAAUUUCUAAGUAUUGUUCAUAAUGUAAAGAAAACAAAUUUAUUUUUAAAUGAAAUCUAGCCGCUAGUCAGUGCAUUAAAAAAGGAAAUUAAAGAGAAGAG